CGGCGGGGGCGAGAUGAGCGCUGGGCUCCCCCUGAGCACAGAGCCGCCCUGUGAAUGAGCUGAGGCGAGGCCGCCAGCCGGGUGCCCCCCUCCUUCUCCUCCUCCUCCUCCUCCUUGUCCCCCCCCUCCUUCCCCUUCUCCCCCGCGCACCGCCGGGAGCGCGGCCCUGCCCGCACAGCCGGCGCCGACGCCGCGGCCGGGGGGAACUGAAGGAAGGUCAUCAUGGGAGCAUUUUUAGACAAGCCAAAGAUGGAGAAGCAUAAUGCCCAGGGGCAGGGGAACGGGCUGCGUUAYGGUCUGAGCAGUAUGCAAGGCUGGCGUGUGGAAAUGGAGGAUGCACACACGGCUGUGAUUGGUUUGCCAAAUGGACUUGAUGGAUGGUCGUUUUUUGCUGUCUAUGAUGGGCACGCUGGAUCACAGGUUGCCAAGUACUGCUGUGAGCAUUUAUUAGAUCACAUCACGAGCAACCAGGAUUUUAAAGGGCCAGAUGGGCCACCAUCUGUGGAAAGUGUAAAGAGCGGCAUCAGAACAGGUUUUCUGCAAAUUGAUGAACACAUGAGAGUCAUCUCCGAGAAGAAGCAUGGCGCAGACAGAAGUGGGUCAACAGCUGUGGGCGUCAUGAUUUCUCCCCAACACACGUACUUCAUCAACUGUGGAGACUCGAGAGGUUUGCUCUGUCGAAACAGGAAGGUUCACUUCUUCACACAGGAUCACAAACCAAGUAACCCGCUGGAGAAGGAGCGUAUACAGAAUGCAGGUGGCUCCGUAAUGAUUCAGCGUGUAAAUGGCUCUCUUGCUGUUUCAAGGGCACUUGGGGACUUUGAUUACAAAUGUGUCCAUGGGAAAGGUCCUACAGAACAGCUGGUCUCACCCGAGCCUGAAGUUUAUGAAAUUGAGAGAUCAGAAGAAGAUGAUCAGUUCAUCAUCCUGGCAUGCGACGGUAUCUGGGAUGUUAUGGGAAAUGAAGAGCUGUGUGACUUUGUAAGAUCCAGACUUGAAGUCACUGAUGACCUUGAGAAAGUUUGCAAUGAGAUAGUUGACACCUGCUUGUACAAGGGAAGUCGAGACAACAUGAGUGUGAUAUUGAUCUGUUUUCCGAAUGCACCAAAGGUAUCGCCAGAGGCGGUGAAAAGAGAGGCAGAGUUGGACAAGUACCUGGAAAGCAGAGUAGAAGAGAUCAUAAAGAAGCAGGGUGAAGGAGUGCCAGACUUAGUCCACGUGAUGCGUACGUUAGCAACUGAGAGCAUCCCAAACCUCCCGCCGGGGGGGGAGUUGGCAAGCAAACGGAGUGUGAUUGAAGCCGUGUAUAACAGACUGAACCCCUACAGGAAUGAUGAUGCUGAUUCUGCCUCAACUGAUGAUAUGUGGUAAAACUGCUCAUCUAGCUGUGGAGUUCACGUUUCAUCCUGCAAAUGAAAGUGCAGCCCAACCUCAAUGACCCUUCUUAACAUCCAUCCUCAACCUUAAUUAAAGAAGGGAAUAUGAUGUGUUGGUGAGAGUGACUACAGCAGUACGACAUCUAGCCCAGGAACUGAUCUUUUUUGUAAAACAGACUUCUGUAAACGUGAUUUCAAACCAUAAAUUCAUGUUGUAAAUCAGACUCCAGCAAUUUAUGUUGUAUGAUUUUGUUUUUGUAAAGUGCAAUUGUCUUUGUACAAAAUGCUCAUAUUUAAUUAUGAACCGCUUUAAAUCACUAUAAAGGUUAGAAGAAAUGUUUUGGCUUGUGUGAUGCAACAAUAUAUAUCCCUUUUAAAAUCAWGUUGUGGUUUUGGAUUGCAAGGAGCAGCAGCCUAGCCAGCUAGGUGCUCAGGAGGUGCACAAAACUGUUAAAGAUAACAUUUUGGUUUAUAUGAAAGCUGAACUCGUGGGCAACUUACCAGAAAUUACAGAGUGUGAAUUUUGCUUGGCAGUGGAAAAAUAACUUAGGAGUAGUGCACAUUCUUCAACAAACGUAUAUAAUUUUCUUGGACGCACUCCUGCUCUCAUGUUGAGUUGAAGGGAUUUGUGAUUUUGAGUUCAGUGGGAGUUAAAUCAUGCCCUAUUAAUAGUAUCCUGUUCAUACAUGUACCAAUCUUGGGAUUAGAAUGCCUUGGUUCCUUGCACCUCUUUUUUCAUUAACCCUUACCUGAAACUACUAAUCACUGAGCACGAAGGCAACUUUCUACAUAAAGUAGGAGUCUGCAGCAUUUUUACAAUCCUGAUUGGCUGGGUCUGCUGCUGUUCCAAGAGAAAUACUCUGAAUUCCAUUUUAUCAAUAAAGCUUGAUUUAAAAAACAAGACAUUUACCCAUAAAUGUGUAAUUCCUUUUUUCCUGCCUUUUAAAAUGUCAGUGCCAUUGUAAAUGAUAUUUUACUUGUGGAAGAAUAUUUUUAUUAAUUGGUAGCCCAUUUUUAAAAUGGGAAGGAUUUUGAUUAUUGCCCAAGACAUAGCCAUAUGCUAGAGGAUGAUGUGGGAUUAAUCCGUUACCCUAUUUUUUACAAGUGUGGGUUUUUUCAGGCUUUUUGGUGUUGUUUUUUUUUUUUCCCCCUCCCUACUGAAGAUGUGCAUUGGUUUGAAUUUGCCUACUGUUUGAUAAAAAUACAUUUGUCAAAGCCUGACAAUCUUUAACAUUUUAUGGUGUGUGUUUUUAAUUGACCCACUUACUUAGAAUGAGAGACUAGUGGUUAAACAGUACUUGUGAUUUGAGGUAUAGCAUGUUGACAAUAUUUAACUGUUCGUUGUUUAAAAUUCUAAUUUAAAAUUUUAUAAGAUAAUAAACUAAUUUGAUUUAAGCUUAGCUUUCUCCCAUUGAGCAUACGAAAAUUAAGUUUUCAAGUCAGUCGUGUUUGCAAAACUGCUGUUUUGUGCRCCUUGUAUUGUCUUUUUGGUUGAGAAUAUUGUAUUUAAUAUGUAGUUUACUCAUUUAGUAGGCAGAUUCCCCAAAAGGAAAAUCAGUAAAACAAGUAGAUUGUAACAUUUACUGCAGUUAAACAGAAUCAGAACUUGGUGUAUAAUUACUUUUUGAUAGGAAAAUGUAGUACAAUGCAUUUUGCUAUAUUUGUCUUUCCCUAACUUUGACAUACACAUAUUUGUAUAUAUAGCCUUAAAACUAAUGCAGAGUUAGGGAACACUGAACAGUGAAAAAGUAACUUAUAGUGUCUUGGAACUAAGUAUAGUAUAUACCAGCAAACUUUUCUUUUAUCCCUCUUGUCUAUGUGGGGUGCUUAAACGUAACUUCAUUGUAUUCAGUUUGUAAUCUGUUCAAGCAUGAAUGAAGAAAACAUAAGCACUAUUUGUAUUUAUAAAUUUAUAGCAAUUUUUGCUUAAAGAACCAGUUCCUUACCUACCUAUGAAUAAAUGCUUAAAAUGUCUAAUUUUGUUGUAGAGUGCAAAACUAUAAUGAUGUUAAGUUAUAGCUUCACAGGCACCUAAUUAACGAGCAUAUUUAAUAAUACAUGGCGUAUUAGUGYGAAAAGCUAAACUUAAUUUAGGACUGGGCAGAUAAAGUUCUGUCCUUCUUUUUUCAUAGAGACUAAAGUUUAGUUUUGGAAACUGCAAAACCUUGAACUGGACUGUGGAACCUUUGAGUUUUAAACUUUAAAAAUCGGAAGCAAAACUGUGGUGUGAAAAGCCAUACUUCAAACCAUAAUCACUUAAACUGUCUCAGUGACAAAGGAGAUUUUUGAAGCUUCUGCUKACGAGGUCUCCUGAAGCUUAGAAAGAAAAUAAUUCUGCUAUUGCUACAGGCGAUGUGAGUAGGUUUGRGGGUAGUGGCAGAAAGCCCGUUUCAGGCCUUUCUCUCUCCCGCCUACAUUCAGCGGUUUGAUGAGCUCAGAGCACUGAAUUAYGAUGUAUGCAUAAACACUGCCAUUUUAGAUACAGAUUUUGAUUACAGAAUAAAYGAGUUAAGUAUAUAAAGCAUCCUAGAAAAGAGGCAAGCUGUACUUUUUUCACUGCUCUGAAAAGAAAAAGGCACUUUUGCACCUUUGUGCAUCUCCUUCUUGCACCAGAAACUUUUUUUUUUAAAUGCUAAAAACAUUAGCACCUCAGGGGCAAGGCAGCAAUUUUUAUUUUGAAGUAUUGUGUGCUAUUUAUUUCCCUCUUGGAAAAAGAUUCCUGUGUGACAAAAAUGAAAAUUGUGUGAUGUUAAAAGAUGUAUUUUUAAAUACAUGUUCAAAUAGGAUGGUCCCGAUUUGCUUGUUUUUAAAAGGAAAUGACAUUUGUAAAGCUACUUUGCUUCGUAUGCCAUGCAACUUUGUUUUCCUUCUACAUUUGACAGCUUCACUGGCUAUGGUUUCUGUGAGUUUUGUUMUAGUCAGAUUAAAUGUUUCGCUGAUCGUUCUGGGAGAAUACCUGUAACUGCUUUAUAGACAACUGUUCCAAAUACUUCUCACUAAUUCAGCAUUGAAAUAUGUUCAAGACAGAGGCUUCUAAAAUGUGCUUAAAACCAAUGUUAGAUGAACUAAAUGCAGUGACACAUUGAGUAGGAUCCUAGGUUUGCAAGGCUUUGUAAAUCCUUUGUAUCCGUAGRGUCCCUGGUACUCACACUGGGGCAGAAACAGAGCCAGAGCCUUUCAGCUGGGCUUGCUGUCACCUCACCCAGGGGCAGCACCACCACGACUUUGAGGCAUGGCCAUCAUUCAUUUAAACUUUGAGCUGGAGUCAAUUGGAGAGAGGAAUUUCAUCUGCUUGGCAUUAAACUGCUCUGAMCUGCAGCAGUCGUAGGUUGUGUCAGCGAGGUGCCUGGUCAAUACUGAGCAGCAGAUCAGUCACGGUCACACUUACCUUGAGAGUUCAUGCAGGUGCCAAAGCUCAUCYUUUCAACAUUUCCUUGUAGUGARCUGACUUCAGUGUCCAUUACAUUAUUUAUUGCAAAGUGGUGCUGUCACUGUAUAGGUUUAUGUCUGAGCUGGUUUGCUCAGUUCAGGAGUUGGAAGCUUAAGGUGAUUUAAUAAAAUAAGGGGUUAGUUUUCAAUUUGACUGAUUCCCUGGUAAGAAUCCCACCUUGAUUUUAUACACUGGGGUAGGAUAGACUUCCUAUUGCAUUCCAUUUUUAGUAGUUCAUGAACUAAGGAUACGGUUUCAUGAUCAGUUUAUGCCAAGACUAAACCAUUGCUCCAAGUUUGCCCCUACUGCCUUUUAUUGURCCAGAGCUUGUCCUUACAUGGGUGUGCAGUUAGGAGAAAGAAAAGCCCUUCAGCUGGGUAAACUGGUAAUCCAGCUGUGGGGUGCUGGUGCUAGGGAAAGAUGGAGAGUGGGGAGACAGGACUGAGAGCAAAGGAAUGAUUGCCCCACCCUUCCUGCYGCAGUUUGGGAAACCACACCCAGAUAAAUGAUGGCCUUUGUARGGAGUAUCGAAGCCUUUGCAGAUCUUUCCCCACUCUGUACUUUAGGACAAACAUUUUGCUUUGGGAA